GGCCGGCAGUUGCCGUGGGGACCGCGGGCCCCUCCCUGCUCGGCUCCGCUGCCCCUCGCGUGCCCCACCGAGGCGCGGCCGACCCCUGGCCUCCCUGCGGCCGGUCCGGCGGAGCCGCAGCGGCGCCCCGCAAGAGGCGGAGCCGCUCCCAAGAUGUCGCAGACGGCCAUGUCCGAGACCUACGAUUUUUUGUUUAAAUUCUUGGUUAUUGGAAAUGCCGGAACUGGCAAGUCUUGCUUGCUUCAUCAGUUUAUUGAAAAAAAAUUCAAAGAUGACUCAAAUCAUACAAUAGGAGUGGAAUUUGGUUCAAAGAUAAUAAAUGUUGGUGGUAAAUACGUAAAGUUACAGAUAUGGGACACAGCAGGCCAAGAACGAUUCAGGUCUGUGACGAGAAGCUACUACAGAGGUGCAGCGGGAGCACUGCUUGUCUACGACAUCACCAGCCGAGAAACCUACAAUGCGCUUACUAAUUGGUUAACAGAUGCCCGAAUGCUCGCGAGCCAGAACAUUGUCAUCAUCCUCUGCGGGAACAAGAAGGACUUGGACACUGAUCGGGAAGUCACUUUCCUGGAGGCCUCCCGAUUUGCUCAGGAAAAUGAGCUGAUGUUUCUGGAGACAAGUGCGCUAACAGGGGAGAACGUGGAAGAGGCCUUUGUACAGUGUGCGAGGAAAAUACUCAACAAAAUUGAGUCAGGUGAGCUGGACCCAGAAAGAAUGGGCUCGGGUAUCCAGUACGGAGAUGCGGCCUUGAGACAGCUGCGGUCCCCCCGCCGUGCGCAGGCCCCGAGCGCACAGGAGUGUGGCUGCUGAAGCAGCUCGGCGCACAGGGAUCCGGGUACCGUCUUUGUCUUCUCUGCUGGGCUGAGAUGUCCUUUGAAAAGGGUGCCUUCUGUGUGCCCCGGGCCUGGCACAUAGAAGGGACUGAAGUGCUUGUGAAAAGAACAGAUGAUCAGAGUUCGGUUUGUUCCCAAGUCCUUCUAAAGUACAUGGACAUCAAGCCUAUCCACUGCAAGGUGCCUGUUUUACAAAGUCCCCUAAAAAGUGGUCAUAUGAUCCCACUCAGUCCCUUCCUUCCUGGGAGGGAGCCUCUUAACUCCUAGAGCUCAUUUUCAAUUGACAUCACCGAGAUGGUGAAGUAGGAGGCCCCAGCCGCUAUCCCCCCACCCACCCGCCCAAAGACCAACAACUAGCUAUCUGCAAAGAUAAACAGCUCUGAGAGAGCUCAAGAGUCUACUUAAGAAAAUUCAGCAACUCAGUGGUACAUAAACCUGAGAAUAAUGACACAGAAAUGGAAGGAAAAAGAGCUUCAUUUUGUCUGCAGUCUCCCAUCCCCUAGGCAGGCUCUGCUCAGCCCCAAGAGGAACCUCCCAGACUAGGAAGAGUUCCCCACCCCAGGAAAGGGCGUGGGCCUGACCAGCUUCUCCAGCCUUUUGGGGCAUCACACAAAGGACCUGUUGAGUUUAUCCCACUCAGAGACCAGCAAAGCUGAGACAGAAGAGUGUCAGCCAUGCAGCUGUUAACAACUCUGGUUCCCAGUGCCCUGGUCCACAGGCCUCUGCAGCUUUCCCCAUGGGAAUUCCAAUCCCCAGCCAUCUGCUACCUGCUCCCCACCCUCCCCCGGCCCCACCCGAGCCCAGGAUCUGGACUGGCAGCCUACCCAGACCUCUGAAGCUACACGGUGCCAGAUACCAGCCUAGGCCCCUGAGGUUGACCCCCCCUGCUAGAUGCACACUUGUGACCUGCCCCUUCCACCCGUGUACCUGCACACGCCCAGGCUGAUCCCCAUCGCCAGCUUCCACUGCUGGGUACAUGCCUGUGGGAAGACGCUGCAGCCCUGGGGGAGCACACCACCUGCCUGACGGGCCCACACUUGGCCCAGACCCUUGCUACCGGCUCUGUUCCCCACCACCGUGUGUGUGUCUACAGCCAGCCCCUGCCACUACACGUGCACCUGCAGCGGGCCUCCCCAGCCAGAUGUGUGUGUGCCUCGAGCUCCCGGUCGUCACUGCUUCCUGCCCUGAUCAGCGGGCCUCCCCAGCCAGAUGUGUGUGUGCCUCGAGCUCCCGGUCGUCACUGCUUCCUGCCCUGAUCAGCGGGCCUCCCCAGCCAGAUGUGUGCGUGCCUCGAGCUCCUGGUCGUCACUGCUUCCUGCCCUGAUCCCUAGAUGCUGAACCUGGAGGUGCCGCUGGGGAACCCGCCAGCCCUUGCAGACACUGCAGACCCCCCACAGUGCUUGUCAGGAACCACACAGUUGAUGCUGUGACCUUCCAUGACCUGAGUCAAUGACACAGUAUCCCUCCCACCCAGACAUACGCCUGCACUUGACACCCUGUACCACUGGGCCUGGGUCACAGCAUGUUCCAGCACAUCCCCACCUAAGGUGAAGGUCUUAUACCAAAGUCAGCUCAUAAAGUUUGGGUGAGGUAACUGCAUACACACCUAUGCAAGACUUCAGGGAUCACAGAGAAUCAGGGAGUCAUGAGACCAGCAAAGGAACAUGGUAGACUUCCAGCAACUCUCCCUAAAGAAAUGGGGAUACAUGAGUUGCCCAACAAAGAACUCAAAAUAAUUGUUCUAAAAAUGCUCAGAGAGCUACAGAAGAACAUAGAUAAAACAGUUAACAAAAUCAUGAAAGCAAGAACAAAAUGAGAAGUUUAAUAGCAUAAAGAAGAACCAAACAAAUUUUGGAGCUGAAGAGUACAAUGACUGAACUGAAGAACUUAAUACAGAGCUUCAACAACAGACUAGAUCAAGCAGAAGAAAGAAUCGGUGAGCUUGAAGACAGAGCAUUUGAAAUUAACCAAACAGAAGGGGGUGGGGGAAGGAUGAAGAGAAAUGAAAAGCUUACAGGACUUCUGAGACACCAUUAAGAAACAGUCUGCACAUCAGUGGAGCCCCAGGAGAAGAAGAGGGGGAGGGAGGGCAGGAAGCUUGUUUGAAUAAAUGAUGACUGAGAACUUCCCAAACCUGGGUAGGCAUUGGGACAUCCAAGUUUCAGUCUGAAACACUCUUCUCCAAGACACAUUUUUAACAAAACUGUCUAAAAUCAUAACUCCCAGAGCAGCCUCUUCAUUUGUGACUGUUGGCUUCAGUGCAUAGUUAUCCAGUUGUUUACAUUCUAGGUCAACAGCCUUACUGUUUAAUUUGGAUCAGUAUUUCUUGGAAACACUAUCUGUACACUCUUAGUUGGCCUCUUGCCUGUGGGCAAGCAGUUGUCCAGGAUGCUGUGUCUGCGCUGACCUGUACAUGAGGCUGUGAGGGGCAGCUGAGGACGUAAUUGUCAAUAAAUGUCUGCUUGCAGGCCUAGACCCACUUAGCUAUCCAAGACUUGCAGGAUGGGUCAUCAAUGCUUGGGGUGAAAUGUGUGAAACCUCUCAAUUUUGUUAACACACACUCUGUUACAGUUGACAAGUCCUUGUGUUGAAGCAGAAGCCAGAGCUAUAAAAACGAACUGCUGCUCUUUCAAAGCAGUAGUAGAGGAAUGGCAAAUAGUAGUUUCCCUACUCUAAUUUUAAGAUAAAAUGGUUUCACCUGAAGCUUUUAAAUUUGUUUUUCUAUUUAGGUUGUUUAUACCUGUUUUUAGCUGAUUUUUCCAAUGCUAGUCCUACCUGACCUGUGAGAAGUCUACUUUUGCACUUGGAGAAAUUCAGUACCCAAGUGCUGCUUUUGUUGUUCACUGUGUCUCUGAUCAAGGUAUAGGAUUUCGUGCCCACUUUUCUUUUCUUCCUUAAAAAAAAACAAAAAACAACAACAACAAAAAAACCAGUUUAUUGAGAAAUUAUGGGAGAAUUUUUAGUUUAACACUCAUUUUUCAUAUUGUCAUUUGAAAUGUCUUUAACUGAGACCUCAAGGGGCAUGGCACUUUUUACACUUUAAAAGUGUUCUCACAUGUAACAUCUGAUCGAACCUUCAAAACAGCCCUUUGCAGUGGCACAGAACAGAAGUAGGCCCAUUUCACAGCCCAAGUGCCUGAGAUGCGGAGACAGGGGCCACCACCCCGAGGACGUGGACGGCAGGUCCAGGGGAAGCCCUGGGCUCCCCUGGGCGGCACUGUCAGACAGAGCACUGGGUUUUCUGUUGACUGGAAUCUUCUUUUUUUCCUUCAAAAUUGAUGGCAAUUUCAAACACAUGUUUAUUGGAAUUUCAAGAGCCAUAAAACAUUCUUUUUUAAUAAUUAAUUUAUUAGUUUUAAUUGGAGGAUAAUUACAAUGUUGUGAUGGUUUUUGCAAUACAUCAGCAUGAUACAACAGGUAUACAUCAGUCGCCCCCCCAUCCUGAUCCCCUCUCCCACGUCCCUCCACACCCUAACUGGUAAGAGCAUUUUCCAUGUUUAAAAUGCCUUUAGUGCUAAGCCAUUCGAGGUGGGAAACAAGUUGAAGCCAUGCUUUAAAGAGAAGUUUGCAAGUUUGAUAACUUAUUUUAUUGUCCUUGCCUUCAACACAUUGAAAAUACCAUCAAUUGAAAAUGCACGACUGAAAAUGCAUGCCGACUGGUUUUCAGAACGCUUGUGACAAUGUUCUUGUGUUUUGUGGUGAAAGCUAUAUCGCGGUUGCUGUGGGUCAGAUGUUACUCUAACGGUGAGGCCCUGCCUGAGGGCCUGUGCUGUGGCCAUGGCCUUCCCGGCCUGGGGGUGGUCUCUGCCUCACAGCCCUCCCCGCUGCAUGCACUGUGUGUGGUUACUGUGGCCGCACCCCUGUGCUGUCUGCCAAUAAAGUCCUGCCACCGGUCCUCAUCUGA